GCUCCCGCGGCGCUGUCAAGGAGCUCGAGGCUGAGGGUGCUCGGGGCGGGGAGACCCGGCCGCCGGGCCGCGGGCGCCUCAGCGAUGUUUUACUCAGGACUCCUCACCGAGGGCGGCCGCAAGGAGACCGACAUGCGGGAAGCGGCGUCCCUGCGGCAGCAGCGCCGGAUGAAGCAGGCGGUGCAGUUCAUCCACAAGGACUCCGCCGACCUGCUGCCCCUGGACGGCCUCAAAAAGCUGGGCUCGUCCAAGGACACGCAACCUCAUAACAUUCUGCAGAGGCGCCUCAUGGAAACCAACCUGUCCAAGCUCCGGAGCAGUCGUGUCCCUUGGGCCUCCAAGACCAACAAAUUCAAUCAGUCAAAGUCUGAAGGGCUAAAGAAGUGUGAAGAUGAUGACAUGAUUUUAGUGUCCUGCCAGUGUGCAGGAAAGGACAUGAAAGCGUUGGUUGACACCGGCUGUCAGUAUAAUCUCAUUUCUUCGGCCUGUGUGGACAGAUUGGGACUAAAGGACCAUGUCAAAUCUCACAAGCAUGAAGGAGAAAAACUUUCUCUACCACGGCAUCUCAAAGUAGUAGGCCAGAUUGAGCACUUACUGAUUACAGUGGGCUCUCUCCGUCUGGAUUGCCCAGCAGCUGUGGUUGAUGAUAAUGAAAAAAACUUGUCGCUUGGUCUUCAGACUCUUAGAUCCCUGAAGUGUAUCAUAAAUUUGGAUAAGCAUCGGCUGAUCCUUGGGAAGACAGACAAAGAAGAAAUCCCUUUCGUGGAGACGGUUUCUUUGAGUGAAGACAACACUUCAGAAGCAUAAUUACAGCCCAGAGCGUGUCUGCCUGUGCAGACACACCAGGUUGACAGACUGAGAAAACUGGGUUUGAAUUAAAUGCAGUAGCAACUUGCUAUGGACCAAGUCCUUCCCUCCAGUACAUCCUGCUGGGGCUUCUUCCCACUCAGACCUUUCUAGACUAUAGUCUGUGCUUAGAGAUCUUGUCUGGUUAAUGGCUUAAUGGUUAAACAGCCAUUGUUUUUUACUUCUUUGAAUAUUUAAUUUAUAGACCCUUUUUGACACUGCCAGGUCUUAUUUGUGGCCUAUUUCUCUGCUUAUUACAAGGAUUUGCUUUUAUUAGUCCAGUGUAGGGGCUGCCAAGUUCAAUUUCUCCACAGAUAACGCUUUCUUUAAAUAGUAAAAUAUAUAGUAAAUAGGAACCUCUUUUUAGCUAUUUCAAAGAGAUAUAGAAACAUGUCUUGAAGUUAGAAUCUCUUCUAAUAAAGUGAUUGAUUUUUCCAAUGUGACCUGAUCUGAAAGAUGUCUCAGAGAGAUCAUCUAUCUAGUCCAGACCUUUCAUUUAAAUACACAGACAGGCGAGCGUGUCAUCUACGCUUACGUAUUAAGUCAGUGGCAGAAGACAGCCAGAAUCAGCCUGACAUAUAAACCAAGGCUUUGUGCUGCUUCAUUUUCCCCAAGCCUUAAGAGGAAGGCAGCAAGGUCAGAGUGCAAAGAAAGGAGGGGUCCUGGAUGUGGGCCAGCGUUGGAGUGCUUGUCUGAUGUGCACAAGGUCCUGGGUUCAGUCGCUGGCCCCGGAGGUCGAGAGGCGGCCUGGGGAUGAAGAGUGUUUGCUGCGCAAGCAUGAAGACUGCCAUUUGGAUCCCGGUACCCAAGCAAAAGCUGGACCGAGUCCUACACAUGCCUGUGGCCCCAGAACUGAAGGGCUGAAGACAGGAUAACGGCUGGGACUUUCUAGCUGCCAGUCUAAGAGAGGAAGAGAGAGAGAGAGAGAAAGAAAGGCAGGAAGAGUCCCUGCCUCAAAGGAACAAAGUGGGGAGUGAGAGAAAUAGAGGAUACCCACAUGUCCCUCUGGCCUCUGUGAGCGUGCACAGGUGCACACCACAGGAGAAAUGAGAGUGAGGGGAUAACAACAGGCUGCAAAGAUGAGACGAGUCUCUCACAGUGAACUGAACACGAGAGAAAGAAACUACAGAUUGGAAGGGUUAUUCGCUCCAGACAUACCACUAAUAAUCUAAUUGUCACCGUCAGAUACUGAUUACCCCUAGGAACCAGUCAGAAUUUCUGUCUGUCUUGUUACACGUCACAGUGAUUCAAGUAGCUGGAAAGAGAGGUAGAAAGGAAAACAAAAGCCAAAGUAGGACCAGAAUAGGGUGAGGAGACUGAGUACACUCAGUGGGACAGCCUACCUGGUAAAUGUUCCUGGGGUUGAAAUAGGGAGUGAAACCUCCAGGUAGGGAAUUGAUGAUUGGGAAACCCCUCAGUACAAGGAAAGAACGGCAGCUGGCAGUGUUAAGAACCAUUAGGAGCUGGGUGUGGUACACGCCUUUAAUCCCAGCACUCAGGAAGCUGAGGCAGAAGCAGGCAGAUCCCCAAGUAUGAGACCAGCCUAGCCUACAAAGUAAGUUACAGGCCAGUCAGGGAUACACAGUCUCAGAAGACAAACAAAACAGAACAAGCUUUAUAACUGCCAAGUAUUUCCUGACCCAUCUCAGUGGUUUGAGGACAUCACAGGGUUGUUGUUGUUAUUUUGUUUUUGCUAGUGUGUCGUCUCAGGCAUAGAGAGGUACCAAUAAUGGAAUCUCCCCUGCAGUUCAGUUAUAGAAGUAUUUGGCUAAGUCAGAAAACUACCCAACUAUGAGUAUCCCUUCAAGAUUUUCCCAAGUCUACCCUUGGCUCAUAGCAGUUCUCAAACUUUGAAUAUUGUCUAGUGUUCCAGCUGUCAGCCUGCCUAUGAGUGGCUUCCCGUGUGUGGGAGGACUGGGCCCUUCCCACUGAGGCCUCCCUGCUCUUCUGUUUAUCACAGAAUCACACCAGUCUGCUUCUUGCAGGACAGAGCAGGAAGAUACCACCCCUCAUUUCCCUACUUGAGAGUUCCACUCCAAACCUUGACUCUAGGCUGCAAGGGAAGCAUACGGCAGGCUCCGUCUAGUGUCUCCUUAUUUGGAUUUCCUGAGGACCAAGUGGGGCCAGGAAUUCUCAGGUUCCUGAAAGAUGCAAUUGAUGCUGGCCCUUUUGACACAAGAAUAUCUAGAUGAUCUUUAGUGUUCCUUUUGGUCUCAAAAAUCAGUCAGUGAUUUUUUUUUUAAAGUUUGGAAAUAGAAACAACUGGGGUGAACUGGACUUGAUGUCAUAGGUCACUCAGCUUGUUCAAACAGCCUGAAUUCUUUAACCAGGUUAUUUUUAAUUUCCAGGCAUAAUAGAUGCCUAAAAUGCUUCAAGAUAAUUAUAAGAACUAUUGAUAUUCAUUAGUGCUUGAGGAUAUCAUUAUGUAGCCUUUGCUGACCUGGAACUCAAUAUACAGAGGAGACUGGCCUUGAACUCUCAUAAGUACACCUGUGACUGCCUCCUGUCAGUAAGGCUUUUUAAAUGCUGCCAAAUUCUCUAACAGCUUCUGUCUCCCCAGUGUUCACAGGAGAUACUGGCUCUGCUUUUGGGAGUUAGCAAAGUAAGAAGGUAAAUGAGUUUUUCCUAGUCAGAAAUUUAGUGUUCCUAAGGGUGUAAGAAAGUGUCUACUACAUCAGUUCUGAGUCCCAGAAAAGUAGUAGACAUCCCUGGCUGUCCUGGAAGUUGUCCUGUAGACCAGGCUGGCCUCAAACUCACAGAGAGCUGCCUGUCUCAUUCCUUAAUAGAUAGCACAUCCAGGAAGUUGAAAAAAAUUACUUUUGUUAUUUCUAUAUCUAGGAAUGUCUAUGAGGAAAGGGUAUUUUGACUUCCCUUUUCCUUGCUCUGCACACAGUCCACUAGUAUGAGUUUGUGUUCCUUAGCUCAGAGCACUAUAGAUUGGAUUACCCAGCUACCCUUGCUCUGUGUAGUAGAAAUACCUUUCCAGGCUGGGACAUGGAGGAGAUGAGCUGGAUUCCUCCCUCCUCCUGUUGCCAGGUCUCUCUGCAUUAGCACUUUAUCUGCUCAGCGUUUCUGACUAUACUGGGCUUAUUUGUGACACCGAUGUAUCAAUAAACUGGAAUCUUUCCCUCUG